CGCUCCGCUGCCAUCCGGACGGCGAGCGCGUCGCGUCGCGUUCAACCGUCCUUCCCUUUUUUCUUUCUCCGCUCCACGCCUCCUCCCCCUCUAGCUCUCGGCCUUUCUUUCAUAGCGGCGACGAGAGGGCGAGUGGCGCCGCCCUUAGCUAGGUCUUCGUCGGGCGCUUCGCCAGCGACGAGCACCCGACAGGGAAUCAGGGAUGGCCGGAAAAGGAAGCUAUGUUCCACCGCAGUAUAUUCCUUUAUACGGCCUAGAUACUGAAGAGGAUCGUGUUCCUGCUGUAGAAGAGAACCAUGCCACAAGCCAUAAUAAUAAGCUAAGCCGGGAUCCAACACAAUGGUCUUCUGGCAUUUGUGCUUGUUUUGAUGAUCCACAGAGCUGUUGUAUUGGUGCAACUUGCCCCUGUUUCCUUUUUGGAAAGAACGCACAAUUCUUGGGAUCUGGAACCCUUGCUGGAUCAUGCACUACACAUUGCAUGCUUUGGGGCCUUCUUACAAGUCUCUGCUGUGUGUUUACUGGAGGCCUUGUAUUAGCAGUUCCAGGGUCUGCUGUUGCUUGUUAUGCUUGUGGAUAUCGCAGUGCACUAAGAACAAAGUACAAUCUUCCGGAAGCACCUUGUGGCGAUUUGACGACACAUUUAUUCUGUCACUUGUGUGCCAUAUGCCAGGAGUACAGGGAGAUCCGGGAGAGAACAGGCAGUAGCUCAUCUUCAGCUCCUAACGUGACUCCACCUCCAGUUCAGACAAUGGAUGAGCUUUGAUACUAAUUGAUUGUAUGAAUGUAAUCUCCCUGAACUGACAGAUCAUUGGUGAGUGGGUGGGUGUGACCUGGUGCUGAGUUUGCCUGCCAGCGUGGCAUAUUUUUGUUCUUGUGCUCCCGGAGUGUUUCUAUGAGGUCUGGUUUCAUAGAGUUGUUGUAAAGGUAACUUUUGAAAUAGUGAACCACUGACAGUUCACAGAAGUUGUAAACGAGCUGUAUCACAGGGCUGUAGCAGAAGAGUUACUUGUAACAUUUUCCAUAUGUAUUGGCGAGAGGAUGAGAAGAAAAGGGUCUUGUCUUGUAGAA